CAAUCGUUUCUUCACUCCGUCAAAGUCGUGGCCAUCGCCACACCUGGCGAGGCUUCCUCCUUGAUAUUCUUCUUAUCCAGUGUUUCGUCAGGCAGAAUUCUUAAAUGUGCCUGUGUGGAUUGCCCUCUAGUACUAUAUCUCGAAUCAUUGCAUCUUAUGAUAUAUACUUUCCGUCCCACACAUAUGCGUCAUAUGCUACUGCUAUCUUCACGGUGCUGGCAAGUCGCAAAAUCACUCCAAAAACUUCCUCCAACCACCAAGAAUCUACUCGACAGAUCAUAUUCUUCUCAGAUCUUUAGACCAAUAACCUCAACUCAUGUUUGUUGCCAUGGGUGAUCCAUUAUACCCCUCUCAAUAUGAGCGCAUACCAAACUACGAGGGAUUCACCCCGCAAAGCGCAGUAUGUGAUCUCUAUCACUCUCAGGGUCGCGACGGUUUGGGCAUACUGUACUCACAGUACGACCAGGUCUCAUCUUUCAACCUACCACUCAUCUACGACUCGACUUUAACAACACCCGUAUCGCUCGGCGCAGACUCUCCCGUCCUCGCGUCCAAGCCUGCCUCCUCUACUAUCCACUGGGGCCGCGAACAGUCCCAAAUGAACUAUCCCAUGCGGGACAAUCGUGCAAUCUUCAGCCACAACCAGAACAACAACCGCAUGAAAUCAAAUGCCAAAGACUCGACAUUGUCUCUCCAAGUUCCCCAGAGUUUAAACGGAGACCACGGACUCGGCUUCCCUACUUACAACAUGUUUGACUCUCCUCAAAUCCCCUGCCCUCCAACUCCGUACUUUGGCUCCUUCGGCGUCUCCGGUGCCCAGGUAGCAUCUCCGACACCAUCCCUACCCUCCAACGUCCACUCAGCAUCCCAGCUCAGCAGUGCGAGCACGCCUUCAAUGCACCACAGCAUCCCGCUCGGCCAAAACAACGCUCCCAUCCUCAUUGCUCCUACUCCAGGACAACUCCGUCCAAGCAAGCGCUCUCACGAUUCCCCCAUCAAGACUGAGCAACAGCACCACGGGAUGCCAUACCACAGCCGACCUCUGCAGCAGCACGAGCAGUCCCCAAACCACUUCAACCCGCCCAUAAAGCGCGAGUCUCCUCCGCUGUCACUGUCAUCCCAGAAGCGCCGGAAGCAAUCCGACCCAAUGACUCCUGUCUUCAACCAACCCCAUCGAAUGCCCUCAAGCGACGCAUCAGCCGUUGAGUUCCACGGAAGCCAAUCCCGCUUCAAGCCAUUGGCGGGCAACACCCAGUCCCCCCAGCCCGUGAUGACCGAGGAAGAAGAAUUCCUGAUCCACCUCCGCAAAGACCGCGAGCCCAAGCCCGACUGGAAGACGACGGUGGAGGAAUUCAAAGCGCACACGGGCAAAGAGUUCCGCAUCCCGGCGCUGCAGAUGCGCUACUCGAGGCUCAACGAGAGGCUGCGCGUGUGGUCUGCUAAGGACGUGAGUGCCGCUCAACACUCUGAGGAUGUCGUUGCUUGGGGCCACGACGACGACUUCCAGGUCUACGUGAACUAACGAAAUACCAUCAGAUCAACGCCCUGACCCGCUCCAAGGCCGAGUUUGAGAAGUCGAAGUGGGAGAGUGUCGCGAAUGGGAUGAUGAAGUAUGACUGUGAGGUCAAGUGGUCGGCGAGGGCUUGUCAGCAGAAGUAUGCGGAGUUGAACCCGGAGGAGCUGGAUGAGGCGCCGCUGGAGCUGAGUCCGGAUCCGGAGGCGUAUAGUGAGGUGGGGAGGCAUAAUAGCUAUGUGAAUAUUGGGGUGCAGGAGUAUGGGAUGGCUAGGCAGGGCCAUCAUCAUCAACAGCAACACCCGCAGCAGCAGAGGCAGAGGGUGACGCCGGAGGGGAAGAGUAGUAGAGAGCAGAGCGCGGAUGUGAGAGUGGAGAACUACAAGAAUAUCCAGGUGGAUGCAAACAAUCAACUACAACUCCUGCGGCAGCAACAGCAACAGCAACUUUUAUCAAAGCGGAUGCAGCUUGGGCAACAGCAACAGGAGCAGCAGCAACACUGGGGCAUGGGCGGGCAACAAUAAGAAGAACUACACCCCUUCACUCAAGACGGCAUCAAGGCGGGGUGACUACAAGAGACAAUUGGCACGACGACGAACACAAAGACAUCCUCAGAGCAAAGACUGAGAUUACCAGAUAACAGCAACGGCGACGGCAAUAGAGAUUCACAAGAGGCCAUACAACGGCAUUUACAUUUCGUGCUUUUCAGCGGUGUCAGCAAGCAAGUACGUGCGCAUCAUCAGAAGAGAGACAUUAGGGACGAUAGGGGGCGCGCCUCGAUACAGAGGCCGAGCAUUGGAGUUGAGCAAUACCAAACGGGAAGACGACUGAGGGACGGAC